GCGCGCUCUCUGCCCUUUGACGUGGCACCGGCUUUCCCCGUCAGCCAUGUUGGUUGCGUCGGCAGCGCUCAGGCUGCUGGGCUCAGUGUGAGGGAGGGAAGCGGGCGAGGCGGGCGGAGGCGAAGCCAGAAAUAAGAGAGUAAUUAUGGCAACCUUCCUGGAGUUCAUUCAGCAGAAUGAGGACAGGGAUGGCGUUAGAUUCAGCUGGAACGUCUGGCCUUCCAGUCGUCUUGAAGCCACAAGAAUGGUGGUUCCAGUGGCUGCUUUGUUUACACCACUGAAAGAGCGGCCUGACUUGCCUCCAAUUCAGUAUGAGCCAGUCCUGUGCAGUAGAACAACAUGUCGUGCUGUUCUAAAUCCAUUAUGCCAGGUGGAUUACCGAGCAAAACUAUGGGCUUGCAAUUUUUGUUACCAGAGAAAUCAGUUUCCUCCUACAUACGCUGGCAUAUCUGAGAUGAACCAGCCUGCAGAACUCUUACCUCAGUUUUCUAGUAUUGAAUAUGUAGUACAGCGUGGACCUCAGAUGCCUUUGAUAUUUCUUUAUGUUGUUGACACUUGUAUGGAAGAUGAAGAUUUGCAAGCUUUGAAAGAAUCCAUGCAGAUGUCCUUAAGUCUCCUACCUCCAACUGCUUUGGUGGGACUUAUUACUUUUGGGAGAAUGGUACAGGUUCAUGAACUUGGUUGUGAAGGAAUUUCCAAGAGUUAUGUCUUCAGAGGGACAAAAGACCUGUCUGCAAAACAGCUCCAGGAAAUGUUAGGACUUACAAAAAUGAAUGUUGCACAAGUGGGUCGUGGUCCUCAGGUACAGCAGCCACCCCCAUCUAACAGAUUCUUACAGCCAGUACAGAAAAUUGACAUGAAUCUCACUGAUCUUUUGGGGGAAUUGCAGCGGGAUCCUUGGCCUGUUCCUCAGGGCAAAAGACCUUUACGAUCUUCUGGAGUGGCUCUUUCCAUAGCUGUAGGAUUGUUAGAGUGUACGUUCCCUAAUACUGGUGCCCGUAUAAUGAUGUUUAUUGGUGGACCGGCCACCCAGGGCCCUGGAAUGGUUGUAGGGGAUGAACUUAAGUUGCCUAUAAGAUCUUGGCAUGACAUUGAAAAAGACAAUGCCAAAUAUGUUAAAAAGAGUACAAAGCAUUAUGAAGCCUUGGCAAAUCGUGCUGCCACAACAGGUCAUGUUAUUGACAUCUAUGCAUGUGCAUUAGAUCAGACUGGACUUCUGGAGAUGAAGUGCUGUCCCAACUACACGGGGGGUUACAUGGUAAUGGGAGACUCUUUCAAUACAUCCUUGUUCAAACAAACCUUUCAGCGUGUGUUUACUAAAGAUGUGCAGGGGCAAUUCAAGAUGGGAUUUGGAGGAACCUUAGAAAUCAAGACAUCAAGAGAAAUAAAGAUAUCUGGAGCUAUUGGACCAUGUGUAUCUCUCAAUUCCAAAGGACCUUGUGUAUCAGAAAAUGAGAUAGGAACAGGAGGUACAUGUCAGUGGAAGAUUUGUGGACUCAGCCCCACAACAACUCUAGCGUUGUACUUUGAGGUGGUUAAUCAGCACAAUGCUCCCAUUCCACAGGGUGGACGGGGUGCCAUCCAGUUUGUGACUCAGUAUCAGCAUUCAAGUGGACAGAGACGUAUUAGAGUAACCACUAUUGCCCGGAAUUGGGCAGAUGCUCAGACACAGAUUCAAAACAUUGCUGCUUCUUUCGACCAGGAGGCAGCUGCCAUUCUUAUGGCCAGGCUAGCAGUAUACAGGGCUGAGACAGAGGAAGGACCUGAUGUUCUUAGGUGGCUGGACAGACAGCUUAUCAGAUUGUGUCAGAAAUUUGGAGAUUAUCACAAAGAUGAUCCAAGCUCCUUCAGAUUUUCAGAAACCUUCUCCCUUUACCCACAGUUUAUGUUCCAUUUAAGAAGAUCCCCUUUCUUGCAAGUGUUCAACAACAGUCCUGAUGAAAGUUCCUAUUAUCGCCAUAACUUCAUGCGCCAAGAUCUGACUCAGUCACUUAUAAUGAUUCAGCCAAUCCUCUACGCCUAUUCUUUCAAUGGACCCCCAGAGCCUGUUCUUUUGGACAGCAGCAGUAUUUUGCCUGAUCGCAUUCUUCUCAUGGAUACAUUUUUCCAGAUCCUUAUUUAUCAUGGAGAGACCAUAGCUCAAUGGCGCAAAUCAGGCUAUCAGGACAUGCCAGAAUAUGAAAACUUCCGUCACUUGCUCCAGGCUCCAUCAGAUGAUGCACAAGAAAUUCUUCAUUCCAGGUUCCCAAUGCCACGGUACAUUGAUACAGAGCAUGGAGGUAGCCAGGCCCGUUUUCUGCUUUCUAAAGUAAAUCCUUCUCAGACACAUAAUAAUAUGUAUGCCUGGGGACAGGAAUCUGGAGCACCCAUUCUUACAGAUGAUGUCAGUCUGCAAGUUUUCAUGGACCAUUUGAAGAAACUUGCAGUAUCAAGUGCUGCCUAAAAGGGUGUGGAGUGGUACAGAUGUUGACUGGCUGAAACAACAUUUCAGCUUUAUUUUCCUGUUUAUGUAAUUGCAAAAUGAAUGCUCUGAUAUGCUCAAGCUGCCUAACAACUUCAUAAAGCACUGUAGUUUUCAAGAGAGAGCAUUUAUUAUCAAAGGCCUAAGUACAAACAACUGUUUUGAAAAGUAAAUUAAAUUGGGAUACAGUUAGAGAAAAGUCCUUUUGGUUGCCACAAUUAUAUUGUAAUUUGUCUUAGUCCAUUGAUUAUGCUUUUGUACUAUCUAAUGUGGAAUACUUUAUUCUGGUGUGCACUACAAUGAUGGAGUAAACAUUGUAAAGAUGGUCCAUUGUCAGCUUUGGGCUUUCACAAUUUGCCUUGUGGCAUAUUCAUGUUUAUUCUUUUUGGCUAGAAAUGAACAAAGAAACUGACUUUGAAAUGCUAUAAAUGCAACUUUUUCAAAUCUAAAAAUAUUUAUUUUCUUCAAUCAGCUGUACAUGAAUGGUUUAAUAAGUGUUUUUGUUUUGGUUUUUGGUAGGAAAUCCUUUCUAUCUUUUCUAAUAGAAGAUGCAAAAAUUGCAAGAAAUUUGUCAAUUGUCAUCCAAAGCUUCCAUUUUGAUAAUACUCUGAUCAUCUCUUGCAAAAUGUGAAACUGCUACUGUUGGUUGAAACACUAUCCAAUCUGAGCACUGCAAAAAAGUAACUCUACACCUGUCACCAUCUUCUAGACAGGGAACAAUACUUGUAUAAUAUCAUGAACAAAAACAUGUUGCUGUCUAUUUCCACAAGUAAAGUAUGCCUUUUAGUAUAGCCAUAUAAUGUUGUGGCAUUGUGUGGUGCUUGUGUUAUUCUCUGCUUCUGUUUUGUUAUGAAUUAUGCAGGUUGCAAUUCUUGUUAAAACAGUGUUAUACAGUACAUACCAUAAUUGUAAUAAAUCUGGUAAUACUCAGUUUUAGAUUUGGUUCCUUGAAAACAAAUAUAUUUGCCUUUAAUAAUAAAGUUUUUAUGUAUGAACAUAUUA